GCCGUCUCCUCUCUGUGUCUCCCCGAUGGUUUCUGUUGAUUUGGCUUCUUCGACCGCGCCCAGGCCGAUCCUAUCGGUGCGGUUGGUUCGACGGCGUUUCCUCAGGCAUCAGCUUCUUUCCGGGGUACUUAGUUGUCUCGUGAUCUAUGGAGCCGAACGCAAGGGGAGUCGUUGGAUCUCCAUGUUCAUAUCCAGUCCUGGUAUCAUCUAAGCACUCCAAUGAUCAGAUGACUGGCAGUAUAUGGCUAUUGACUGUAUGUUUUGGUUACUUCAAGAACAGAGCACUUCAAAGUUUAAACAAGGAAAGUCAAACUUGGGUGGACUUUACACAUGCAGAAAACAUGCCUCCAGCCACACCCCCCUAUGUCUUACAUCUGAAUAGUAUGGUCAAAUCCACAUGUCUACCAGCAGGUAGUUAUUUUUACAGUUAACAACCCAUUGGAAAGCUUCUAACUGCACAAAAGAAAGUUAGAGAGUUGUCUUUCCUCAUAUCAAGAGAAAGAGGUGUGUGUGACCGACUAUUCUCCUAUUACAAGAGGGUGUUCUAUGUUUUCUCAUUGUAUUAGGUAGCAGUUGUAGAUCUCUUUAUCAUAGUGAAAUCCUUUUAGCCUUGCUAAAUCUGUUUGUGUUGAGUAUUUUUUGCCCUUCUCAGUUUUCAGCUGUAGCUGCAAGAGAUUGUUUCAUUCUCAUGGAGUUCUUGACAACCUUGGAGUAUCGUCCCACUGGAAUUCUAAUUGAAAGCUAGCUUUCCUUCCCCUUCCUCUUCCCAUCAUGUUGUGGGCAGUGCUGAAUAGUGGGAGUUGAGAAUGGCAGAAGCGCCGAGGCCUCUACCAACACAACCACCAGCUUUUGCCUCAAACCUCACCUUGAGAACCUUCUUACGGACCACACCCACUCGUUUCUUUAUGUCUCUGUUCUCUGGUUGUCAUUUGCUCCACUUGUUCGAUGUUUCUCUGCCGAAACAUGAUCAGAGUGCUAUAAAAUAGGUAGAAGGGAAAUGGCAGCAAUAGGUGGACUGAUACUUUGAUAGGCAGGAGCAGGAUUCAUGGCUGAUGGAUCGUCCGCGGAUUCCGGUGGAAGACAAACAGCCUCUGUGAUCAUCACCUGGGUCAUGGCGGCAUCCGGUGGUCUAAUUUUUGGCUACGACAUAGGGAUUUCAGGUGGUGUCACGGUUAUGGAGUCAUUUCUAAAAACCUUCUUUCCCAGUGUUCUGAGCAAGAUGGCUGACGCCAAGCAGGGCGAGUACUGCAUGUUUGACAGCCAAGUCCUCACGGCCUUCACUUCAUCCUUGUAUAUUGCCGGAUUGGCCUCAUCACUUGUCGCCGGCCGUAUUACGAAGGCCGUUGGACGCCAAGGGGUCAUGUUGCUUGGUGGAGUCACCUUCCUCAUCGGCGCGGCCAUCGAUGCCGCCGCCGUGAAUAUUGAGAUGCUCAUCUUAGGCCGUCUACUGCUUGGAGUUGGCGUCGGCUUCACGAAUCAGGCCGCUCCGGUGUACCUGGCGGAGACGGCGCCGCCAAAGUGGCGGGGCAUCAUCACCACGGGAUUCCAAUUGUUUAUAGCCAUUGGCGUGGUGGCAGCCAACCUCACCAACUACGGCACGUCCUACAUCUCCACAUGGGGCUGGCGCCUCUCCCUCGGCCUGGCGGUCGUGCCCGCCGCUGUCAUCAUCCUUGGCGCUCUCUUCAUCCCGGACACCCCUAGCAGCCUCGUCCAACGUGGAAAGCUUGACGAGGCUCGCGUCGCACUCCGCCGUGUCCGGGGCUCGAUCGCUGAUGUCGAGGUCGAGCUCAUUGAGCGCUCCGUCGAGGAAUCAUCCAAGAUGGAGGAGGGCGCGUUCCGACGGAUAGUGCACCGCCGUUACCGACCGUACCUAUUGAUAGGGGUGGCGAUCCCGUUAUUCCAGCAGCUCACGGGGAUCAUUAUGAUAGCGUUCUUCUCGCCCGUCCUGUUCCGGACGUUGGGGUUCGGGAGCAACACGGCUCUGAUGAGCGCGGUCAUCUUAGGGGCCGUCAACCUCGCGUCGAUCCUCAUCUCCACCUUUGUAGUCGACCGCUACAGCCGCAAGCUCCUGUUCAUGGUGGGUGGAGCUCAGAUGAUCCUCUGCCAGGUGUCCGUGGCCUGGAUUCUUGGAGCCAAUAUAGGCUUUGACGGACAGGCCACUUUGCCGAAGGGUUAUGCGGUGGCAGUCUUGGUGCUGAUGUGCGCAUACGCCGCCAGCUACGGCUGGUCGUGGGGGCCAUUGAGCUGGAUCAUCCCGAGCGAGAUCUUCCCGGUGGAGAUCCGGUCGGCGGGACAGAGCAUCAGCGUGGCCGUCAACCUGGGCAUCACGUUCAUCUGCACACAGGCCUUCCUCGCCAUGUUGUGCAGCUUCAAGUAUGUCACCUUCAUCUUCUACGCUGCCUGGAUCGUGGUUAUGACGGCGUUCGUGGCCUUCUUCCUUCCGGAGACCAAAGGGGUUCCCCUCGAGUCCAUGGGCGAGCUGUGGAGGCGCCAUUGGUACUGGGGCCGGUACCUCGUCGAUGAGCAUAAGCACGUCGGCACACCUUAGCCAUGAGCGAGCUUAAUGCUUUCUUUUCUUCUUUUCGCCAUUAAUUUUUUAUGUUGCUUAUAAGCUUGUAUAACGAUCACGAAGAAAUAAAUACAAGGCAUUAA